AUGACGGAUGCAGCUAAAGUUAGUUUAUCAGAACUUCUUGAAGUUAGAGGUGCAGGCCUUGAAGUUGAAGAAUUAUUAGAUAUUACACUAGUUGCAUCAGAAUAUUUAGUAAAAAAACGACCUUUACCUAAUUGCAAAGCACAAUUAUUUGGGGUUGAUGAAGUUAAUAUACUUAAAGAUGGAAAUAUUGAAAUUUCAUUUAUACCUGCUAAUCAAGCAGAUGAUGAUAUUAUUCCACCUGAAAUAAAAGAUCCAAAUAAUCCAGGAAAAGUUGUUGGUUCAAAUACUGAUGCAGCAUUUGUUUGGUGUUUAGGUACUUUACUUAUGAAUUCAGGUGCUGCUGAUUGUAAAGAUCCUAAUUUAUUUUCAUUAUUAAAUCUUUUAACUGUUUAUGAUGUUGGUACAAGACCUUCAUUAAAAAAAUUAUCACAAAUGGUUAGAAAUAAAAUGGAAAGAGGAAGGAAUUCUAAAGAAAAUAUACAAGAAUUAUAUGCAGAAAUUAUGGGAGAUUAUGAUGAAUUAAAUGAAAUGAGUAGCAUUGAUGAUAUAAGUGAACGAGAUUUAUUUAGUGAUGAUGAUGAAAUUAAUGAUAAAGAAGAUGAUAAUGAAUCAGGUUCACAUUUAUUUGAUUAUACAGAAGAUAUCAAAAAUAAUAAAAAUAAUGAUAAUACUAAAUUAUUAAAGAAAGUAAAUAAAAGUACUAAUGAAAAUAUUGAAACAUCAAUUAGUCCAUUUAAUGAUAACUUUUUUGAAAGCCGCAAUUCACCUAAACCAAAUAUAAAAAAUAUUAAAGUUAAUGGUUUUGAUGAUACUAAAAUUGAUCCAUUUGAUUAUGUUGAUAAUGAUAAACAAAAUGAACACAAUAUGCAUACAUUAUCUGGUAGAGAUCCAUUUCCUGAUGUUGAAAAAGAGUUAUCAAAAUCAUUUACUAUUAAUAAUAAUGAUAAAAUGUCACCAAUAACACCUAAUACAUAUGGAUUUAGUAGAUGUCUUAGUGAUGAUGAUGAUAUUGUUCAAGCUAAUGUACCAUAUGAAACACCAUCACCAGUAAGUAGUCCUUUAUCAACAACUGAUGAUUUAGGAUAUGAAUCACCAAAAUCAAAUACUGAAUCACAAAAUAAAAGUGAUAAAAUUGAUUUAAAUACCAAUCCUACAAAUUCUUUUAAUACAUCAAUUGGUAAAAGUGAUAUAUCAAGUGACUCAAAUAUUUUUAAUAAUCAAAAAAAUAUUAAAGAAGAAAUAAAAAAUGAUAAUGAUAAAGAAUUUAAUUAUAAUAUUGUACCACCAAUUGUACCUCAACGUACAUUACCACCAUCAAAAAUUAAUAAUCCGUUUAUUGAUAAUAAUAAUAUUGAUGAAAAAGAAAAUGACAAUAUGACAAAAUAUAAAGAUAGUAAUAAUUUAUUUAAAUCAACUUUUGAAAUUCCACCUGUCUCUGCAAGGACAAGAUCAAUUGAUUAUUAUAAAAGUCAACAUGUCAAUGCUGAGGUUGUUGUUAAAAAACAACCUGAUUCAAUAAAUAAUAAUCCUUUUGAAAAAGAAAAAAUAGUAUCUGGGACAAUGACAUCAAAAAGUUUAUCUAAAUAUAAUAUUAGUGAGGAUAAUACAAAAACAAAUGAAGAAGAGUCAAUUGAUGAUAUGUUUUUAAAAGCUCGUCAACAACAAAAUUCAUCUUCAAUCAUUGAAGAUGAUAAUAUUUGUAAUGAAGAUAGUGAUGUUGUAGGUACCUUAAAACGUCGCAAUUCAAUGGCUCUAGCUAGUAUUCGUAAACAUAAUCAAAAAUUUAAUACAAUGGGAUAUGGUAGUAUGAGAAAAAAAUUAAAUAAAACAGCAGCUGUACCAGAAUUUAUUGAAAAAAAUUCAUUACCACAUAUUCAUUUAAAUGCUCAAUUAAUAAAGAAAAAAAGAUUAUUAACAUUAUAUAGAAUUGAAAAUACAGAUGUAAGAGUUAAACUUUUAAAUGGUCAAUAUAUUGAUGUUAAAUGUAAAUCCGAUGUUAAAUGUGAUGAAAUAUUUAAUAUUGUUGUAUCACAUUGUAAUAUACAUGAAUAUAAUUUUUUUGGAUUAGCUAUACAAAAAGAUAAUGAAUUUUAUUUUUUGGAUCCAAAAAAAAAAAUUGAAAAAUAUGCACCAUCAGGAUGGAAAAAUGAAAAAAAAGCUAUGACAAGACAACCAUAUAUAUUACAUAUGAGAUUUAUGAGAUAUCCACCAUUAUUAAAUUAUGUUAAAACUGAUGUUACAAUGCAUGAAUUAUAUUUACAAUUAAGAAAUGAUAUUCUUAAUGAAAGAUUGAGAGGAAAUGAAACUAUUAUUUUUCAAUUAGCUUCAUUAGCAUUACAAGCAGAAUUUUCUGAUAAACCAGAUUCAUCAAUAUCAUCACCAACAGAUUAUUUUCUUCUUGAUCACUAUUUACCAAAACAAUAUUUUGCAUAUGAUGACAAUAAAAGAAUUGCUUUAAUAUUAUCAGAAAUGCAUGAAAAAUUAAAAGGAAUGAAAUGUCAUGAAGCAGAAAUAAGAUAUAUUAAAAUAUGUCAAACAUUACCAGAAUAUGGUUCACAUUUUUAUAGAAUAUUUAAAUCAAAACCAACAGCUGAUAUGAUUGCUAAUAUACCAACAAGAAGUGUUGAUGCUGGUUCAAUACAUUUAAUAGCUAUUAUGUUAAAAGGUAUAUGUAUAUAUGAAUUUACAAAUAAUCAAAGAAAUAUGAUUCAAGAAUUUUUAUGGAAAGAUACAAAUACAUUACAAUUUGAUCGUAAAAGAUUUGUUAUUGUUAAAAGUAAUACAUUUGGUGCACAACAUUUUGUUUUUUAUACAGAUCAUUAUACAAAAAGUUCAUAUUUUGUUAGAUUUGCAGCUGUUCAACAUAAAUUUAUGAUACGUGUUAGACAAUGGCAAUCAACAUUAACAAAAAAGGUAGAAGAACAACCUGGUGAAAAUAGUGUUGAUGUAUUUAUUCCAAAAAAAGAUGAUAUUGUUGAAAGAAAUUUAUCUAAUAAUUUUAUAAUUAAUCAACAUGAUACAAUAAGUAAUAAAAGUAAAACAACAUCUUUACCAUUAUAUGAAAUUCCUGAAAAUCAACCAAUUAAUGAUAAUUUUAAUAAUAAAAUAUCAGAAAAUUUAUAUAAUCAAAAUGAUAUACCAAUAAAAAUAAAUGAAGAAGAUGAAGAAAAAAAAGAAAGUAUUAAAUAUAAUUUAACAUCACAACAAAUAAAAAAUCAAUCUAUAAAUGGUGAAAAAUUAUCACGUAAAUCAAGUGAAACAUAUUCUGAUUAUCUUAUAGAACAAAAAGGACAAGAAUUAUCAAUUACUCUUGAAAAAGAUCCUAAAGCUGGACUUGGAUUAACAUUAGUUGAUGGUAAAUGGAAUGGUGUUAAAGGUAUUUUUGUUAAAGCUGUUACACUUGGUGGUGCUGGUGAAAUAGGAGGUGUAUGUGUUGGUGAUAAAUUAAUUAGUGUUAAUGGUAUUACAUUACUUGGUAAAGAUAGGCAUGAUGCAGUUACUUAUGUUAAAGAAAGUAAUUAUUCUGUAACAUUAGGAAUUAUAAGAUAUGAUAAUUUAACAACACGUCAUGGUAAAGGUAUAACAACAUUAGGAAGACCACAAAGAAAAGAUUCUAAUUUAGAUUCGUUAUCACUUAGUAGUAAUGUUAUAAAAAAUACAACAAAUAUAUCAAAUGAUCCUAAUAUUAGUAAUAUAAAUAAAGAUCCCAUAACACCACCAACAAAAAAAAAACAAACAACAAAUGUAUUAAAUAUUCAUAAAAGAGUAAGAGCUGUUUCUGAUUUUGGUGCUAAGAGUGACAGAUUGCCAAUGUUUAAUACAGAUGAUAUUAUAAAUGAAUUACAAAAAAAUACUAAAAAUCCAUCAAGAUUAGAUCUUCAUAUGGAUUCAAGUGAUGAAGAAUUUGGUGCAGGUGAAUAUCAAGUACCAGCUACAUCAAUGUACAAAUAUCAUGAUUCAGAUAAUGAUGAUUAUGAUAAUGAAAAUUUUGAUAAAUUUAAUAUAAAUAAUAGUAAUCAAGGUUAUGGAUUAUAUAAUAAAUAUAAAAAAAGUAAUCAUACAGAUAAUGACCAAUUUGAUAAUAAAUCAUGGUCAUCAAAUAAUAUACCAAGGGCAGCUGUUCGAUCACUUGAUCAUCCACAAGUAACUAAUAAUGAUAUAAAUAAUGGAAAUGUACGUAAAAAUAAUUAUGAUAAUGGUAAUCAUUCUAAUUAUCAUGAAGAGAAUGGAAAUUUAAAAGAGAUGAUAAUUUAUAUAAAAAGAUCACCAACUGGUAGUUUAGGUUUAAAAAUUGCAACAGGAAUUGAGGGAGCUUAUAUUAAACAAAUAAAUGCUGAACCAGCUUUAUCAUCUGGAAUUAUGCCUAAUGAUAAAUUAAUUUCAAUAAAUAAUGUUUAUGUUCAUGGAAUGACUCACUCAGACAUAAUUGGUCUUUUAAGAGAUGGUGUUGAGAAAGUCGCAAUCAAAAUAUUAAGAGAUUUAACAGAAACAGGAGAGGAAGAAAUUAUUACUGUUAAAUUAAAUAAAAAAGAUAAUAUACCAUUAGGAUUAAGUUUAUCUAAAAAAACUGAUUCAGAAGGAUCAUUCAUUCGCCAUAUAGCUGAAGGAUCAGUAGCAUAUCUUGAGAAAUCUCUUAAAAUAGGAGAUCGUAUCUGGGAAGUAAAUGAUAUAUUUGUUGGUAAUGAAGGACCUAACAACGUUGGAGAGUUGUUAAAAACAAGUAAUGAUGAUUUGAAAAUAACUGUAAAAAGGAAAGUUGGCCAUUCAUCAAAUAUUAAUAAUUUUUAA